GUUUCACCAGCUUUCGUUUGCGCUCUCUUCUUAAAAAUCAAACCAAACCCACCUAUCUUCCUCUCCAAAUCUCCACCAACUAACUUCUCAUCUCAUCCACAUUGAACAACCUUUUCUCUCUUUUCCAUUUCUAGAGGCAUUUUAGAUCGUUCCUCACACACGCCUCUCUCUCAUCAGCGGUCUGCUUAAACAUUCUUCUCAGCACAACAAGAAUGGCUAACUGUCCUGGAGAUUCAAACCAAACUCACUUAGACAUUCUCCGUUGCCCUUUCUUGAGGAACAUCAAUGAGCCUACUAACCUCUCCUUCUCUUCAUCCUUGCCUUUUCCCUUGCCUGUGCGAGCAGGGCAAGGACCAAUUUUUGAGGAUGGACCCAAUUUUGACACUGCAUUUAGGCUUUUCCAUGGUCAAGAUGGUGUUGUCCCUCUCUCGGACAGCCCUCGUGCUGGAGCAGAGAAGCCUGAACUUUCCUCUCCUGCAUUCCAUCCACUUGCUGCUAAGGCGGCUACAAUUAGUCUCUCCUCCUUUGGUCAUGGAGGGCCUUUUGGAUUUGAUGCUUUUUCCGACAUGUUUAAGAAUCAAAAGAAGAAGAAAGACUCUUCCAAAAAGAAAGAUUCUUCCUCUAAGGGAGGAAACCACGAGUCUAUGAGUGACGACUGGCUUCAAACAGGAAACUGCCCAAUUGCUAAAUCAUAUCGAGCUGUAAGUGGUGUGGCACCCCUCGUGGCAAAGCUCCUGCAACCCCCUCCCGGAAUGCAAUAUAAGUGUCCUAAAGCAAUAGUCGCAGCUCGAGCAGCCAUCUCUAAAACAGCUUUCGCCAAGAACCUCCGGCCACAACCUUUAUCAUCCAAAGUACUAGUCAUCGGGAUGCUGGGGAUGGCCCUGAACGUGCCUCUAGGUGUUUGGAGAGAGCACACUGAAAAGUUCUCUGCAUCUUGGUUUAUAGCUCUUCACGCAGCGGUUCCUUUCAUUGGAAUACUGAGGAAGUCAGUGUUGAUGCCUAAGAUGGCGAUGGUUUUUACCAUAGCAGCGUCUGUUAUGGGACAAGUGAUUGGGUCAAGAGCAGAGAGGUACAGGCUCAAGUCAGUAGCCCAGAAGAAACUGAUGUUGACAGGACCAGGUAAAGUGGAUGAAAGGUGCGGUGGUGAUAAAGUGAUUAUGAAAUGGAAUCCCAUGUUGCUUGAAGUAGCAAGUCCAGUAUCUACACGAGCUGCUAGUGUUGUCUGCUAA